AUAACAUCUUUCUGGUUCAGAACCACUGAAUGACUUACGUUUCCGUUGAAUCACCAUGAACACCCCUGUGACGCCAAAAUUUGGCGAUCAAGAACUCGCCUCAGUCUUGCCAGCUGUCACUUGGUGGCGCAGUCCUCACCUUCGCAAGGUGAAUCUUUUUAUGGUCAUCCUAUCCCUUUUUUCUUCUCCGGGCGGGUUCGAUGGCUCCUUGGUCAAUGGCCUGCAGGCUAUGCCAGAGUGGGUCAACUUUAUGGAAAAGCCAUCCAGCACUUGGCUUGGCUUCAUCAAUGCGGUGUACUGGGUUGGGGCAUUAAUUUCCACUCCAGUCGCUGCCUGGACGUGUAACCGAUAUGGCCGGCGGGUAGGAGUCUGGGUUGGGGUUAUUUUUCUAAUAUCCGGAGCAACAAUGGGCACUGCUGCGUCGUCCGCCAACGUCUUCACUGCGUCUCGUGCCGUGAUUGGUUGUGGUAUGGGAUGGGUAAGCAACGCGGCUCCUAUCCUACUCAGUGAGAUCGCCUACCCUGCACAUCGUGGUGUCUUUGGGGCACUCUACAUGGUCGGCUAUUACCUUGGAGCGGCCGUCGCGGCGUGGGUCACCUUCGCAACACAAGCGUAUGACGGCCCCUGGGGCUGGAAAUUGCCGGUUCUUCUACAGCUCCUCCUUCCUCUCAUAGCUGUUCCUGGUCUUGCGUUCAUUCCCGAGAGCCCCCGGUGGUUGAUAUCUAGGGGACGUAUCGAGAAAGCUCGUAGAAUUCUAGCUGAGCUACACACUGGUGGGGAUACUACUUCACCUCUCAUCGCGUACGAAGUCCAGAAUAUUCAAGAGAUUAUUCGAGCGGAGUACAAUGCGGCUGCUUCAGCAGGGAGCAUGAGCGUUAUCAAGUCCCCGGGAAACCGCCAUCGGCUCUUCAUCACCAUUACCCUCGGGGUAUUUGCACAAUUUUCGGGCAACGGGGUAGUCUCCUACUACCUUACCGUGAUAUUAAGAUCUGUCGGGGUCACACAAACGCGCGAUCAGUUAUUGAUCUCCGCCUGCCUGCAAGUCUGGAACGUCCUUUUCGCGGCGGUUGGUGCCUCGCUGGUGGACCAAAUUGGGCGGCGUAUUUUGUUCAUAACCUCAGCGAGCAUCAUGCUGACCGCGUUUAUCCUGAUAAGUGGGUUGUCGGGCGCCUUUGCCACCAGUGGCAACGGUCCAGUCGGUAUUGCAGUUAUCCCAUUUCUGUUUAUUUACUUCCUGGGAUAUGAUAUCGCUCUAACGCCUAUGUUCACUGCGUAUACAUGCGAAAUCUGGCCCUUUGGCCUCCGCUCACGGGGACUCAGUAUCGUAUGGCUGUCUGCCAUGGGAUGUACGGUAUUCAACACGUUUGUCAACCCGGUCGCCCUUUCGGCCAUCCACUGGAAAUACUAUUUCGUGUUCGUGGCCGUGUUGAUUGGGUACUGGUUCACAGCGUAUUUCUUUUACCCAGAAACUCGCGGAUACAGCCUCGAGCAUAUAGCCGGCAUUUUUGACGGGAAAGAUGCCAAAGUGAAACAAGGAAUUGAAGAGAAAACUAAGCCGAUGGCUGGACCAGUGGCUACAGAGUCGGAAGAUGUACAUGGGUAA